AUGGAUCUCCCAACAAACAAUUCCCGCCUUUUAAAAUAUGCCCAAUCCCGAGGUUUUGCCAGCCACCCAUCUGAGGUUGAAGUAACGUCAAUUUUCGUUGAAUAUGACCAGUUUUGCCAGCCCGACUUUGAUUGCAACGGAUUUCCAAAGAAAUAUCAGGGCUUCUUUUCUGGGCAAACCACGAAGGUUGAAUCACAGAAGCUAGGUCUCGAUCAAGAAUCUGCGUAUGCUCUGUGCGCAACACAGAGACAUAUGAGAGCUCAACCACAGAUAAACUGGACCAAGACUCUUCCUUCAUUAGAUCUCUCCUUCACACCGCAAUCUGGGGGCCCAAUGGAUACUGAACAUGACGAGGACAACUUGCGCACCACCUUUUCCAAGACCGGGUUGGGGGUUGAUUCUACAGAGCUCCUUACAACAAAGCUGCCACUUUUCCUACGUCAAGAUCUUCUCCCGCCUGAAGGGGUGCAGGAAAGCAAGACAACAUAUGAUGAUAAUUUUGAGCCAAAAAAACUGAUUGCUGGCUUUUCUUCCCUCGCACUUAUGUCUAAAGCACGGCACAGUGUCAGCCUGUUAGAUACUGCAGUUCGGUGCGGUGCCGACCCGUUUGAAACAGAACCGCAGUCCAAUGCCAUCCCGUUGGAAACAGUCAAAGGGCAAGAAGCUAAAGCAUCCCAGUCGGAGCUCGUUUGUCCCAGUGAUCUUCCCCUCGUACCUGAGUUCACCACUUCACAUGAUACAUCCAACCCCAUCCACGCCCCCAUCCCAUUUCUACCAUUUGAAACAGCAGUCUCAUCUGACCUUUUGACACGUGCCAGAGACACCACCCAAGUAGGCUCUGUGAAGACUUCAGGCGAACCUGUCAACACACCAGACUCAAGUCCAGACACACUAGACAACAAAAAAUCCAAUACGGUAUCAAACCACUUUUUCCCAGAUUCAACAAAGGACAACAUCAGCUCAGCUCAUGUUGCACUUGAGGUAAACGAGAUGACUCUUGAUUGUGAGAUGCCUUCGCUCAAAGACACUGCGAUUGGCAAUCAACCACGUCAAAGCUCCGUAUCUGGAUCGCAUGAAAGCUCAAUCAACCCAGCCUCACUUACCAUGGGACUUGGUUCCCUAUCGAAAUUCAUGGAGACAAGAGGCCUUAAUACCUCUACUGAGUCUUCAAGCAAUCCUCCAUUCUCCUCUGACGUCUUCAUGGAUUCUGGGCAAAAACAAUCAGACUCAACCCCCUCCGAGACCACUAAUCAAGUUAGUGAUACCGGCACCUCAUAUCAACUUAUGCGUCUUGACACUCCAUCCACAUCUAUUACAUAUGGAGCGGACGUGCCUUUGGCCAUUUUCUUAUCAGCAGACCUUCUCAGAACCAAUCUCCCUCUCGUCCAAUCUUUAGAGCAGCAAGACGAUCCACCAAAGCUCCUCUAUCGAGAAUACACCCCAUGGCCAAAGCCUAUCAAAACAAACAUACCAGUCCCAAGAAAGUCGAAUUGGGAUUUCUCCGAGAUACCUCCAGAAGCCGAUCUUAUCAUCGCCCCAUCUGUCGGUAUCAUCCUCGCAACUGCUCAAGAUCUCACUCAGCUCUAUCUCCCUGGCCACGGUCCCAGGGAUCCCGAAAUCCGAAACACCCCAAACGUCACAUCCCCUCUCCGAGAGCGUAUCGCGCGUCUAGCCUCACGAUACAAAACUCUCCACGUACUGGUCAGUCAUCCAACUUCAAACUUCAUGACCAAUCCAAAUGAACCCGCCUUGUCAGAUCGACAACUACGACUUGACAAAUUUACACAUGACGCAAUCGCCUCCAUGAACGACUUUUGUCGCUUCUUCAAGACAGACAUAGCCCUUGUUCAUACUCCUGCUAUUCCGGAGAAAAUAGCAGAGUUGACAAUAGUCCUCGCGACGAUAGCGAGUUCGGGGCUACUGCCAAUUCAUAUUCCGCCAACUUCAUCAUCAUUGGACGAGGUCUUUGAAUCGGUUUCCGUUCCUUCACUCCUUAGAGAAGAUGAAACGCGUUGGGAAUUGUGUCUUCGAAACGUGGGUCUGAAUCCUUAUGCCGCAAGGGUCGUUCUUGAUAUCCUUGAGGCUGGCGGGCGUGUAAGUGUCUCGUGCAGUCUUUCUCGGGGGGCAGUGGAUCCGGAGUCUGCUUGUAGCAUGUUCUUGAAAAUGGGUUAUCACGAACGAAUGAGUCGUUUCCAGCUACUUUUGGGGGAACAUUUGCUACUGUACUUGGAAGAAAAUCUCCUGGAUAUUUACGAUGAGCAGGAGGAUGAUCUUGAUUUCAACUCAACAUACCGGUCUUAUUCUUUGUGA